AUGCCCGGAUUCAAUGACCAAGCCCGCGGAUUUGGAGGAGCACCCAGAUUUGGAGGAAACAGAAAUGGUUCAUCUGGCAAGUAUGGAAACCCAGGUGAGCGGCUUGUCAAGAAGAAAUGGAACUUGGAUAUGUUACCGAAAUUUGAGAAGAACUUCUAUCAAGAGCACCCUGACGUAGCCCGGCGUACACCGCAAGAUAUAGAUCAAUACAGAAGGAGCAAAGAGAUCACCGUCAGAGGCUACAACUGCCCCAAGCCUGUGUUUCAGUUCCAUGAAGCCAGCUUCCCUGACAACCUCAUGGGAGUGAUCAGGCACCAGAAUUUUACCGAGCCCACACCUAUCCAGAGCCAGGGCUGGCCGGUUGCUCUGAGCGGACUGGACAUGGUUGGCGUCGCCAUGACAGGAUCUGGAAAAACACUUUCUUACCUUCUUCCUGGAAUUGUCCACAUCAACCACCAACCAUUCCUGCAGAGAGGAGAUGGGCCAAUUCUUCUGGUGCUGGCACCUACCAGAGAACUGGCGCAACAAGCGCAGCAAGUUGCAGCGGAGUAUGGCAGGGCUUGCCGUUUAAGAUCCACCUGUAUUUAUGGAGGAGCGCCCAAAGGACCACAACUUCGUGACCUAGAAAGAGGUGUUGAAAUUUGCAUUGCGACACCCGGACGACUUAUUGACUUCCUGGAAGCUGGAAAGACCAACCUGGACCGGUGCACAUACUUGGUACUUGAUGAAGCAGACAGAAUGCUUGAUAUGGGCUUUGAGCCUCAGAUCAGGAUGAUUGUGGAGCAGAUUAGACCUGACAGACAGACCCUGAUGUGGAUUGCCACUUGGCCCAGAGAAGUCAGACAGCUUGCUGAGGACUUCCUAAAGGACUAUGUACACAUUAACAUCGGUGCACUGGAACUGAGCGCCAACCACAACAUUCUUCAGAUAGUCGAUGUCUGCAACGAUGGAGAGAAGGAUGACAAGCUUGUCCGUCUGAUGGAGGAGAUCAUGAGCGAGAAGGAAAACAAGACCAUUGUCUUUGUGGAGACAAAAAGGCGUUGUGAUGACCUCACAAGGAGAUUACGUAGAGAUGGGUGGCCCACAAUGGGGAUACAUGGUGACAAAAGCCAGCAGGAGAGAGACUGGGUAUUAAAUGAGUUCAAGCAUGGUAAGUCACCAAUCCUCAUUGCCACGGACGUGGCAUCCCGCAGUCUAGAUGUGGAAGAUGUUAAAUUUGUCAUCAACUACGACUAUCCAAACUGCUCUGAGGAUUACAUCCACCGUAUCGGCCACACGGCCCGCAGCACCAACACUGGCACAGCCUACACCUUCUUCACACCAAACAAUGCCAAACAGGUCAACGACUUGAUCUCUGUGCUGAGGGAGGCCAACCAGACAAUCAAUCCCAAACUUCUCCAGAUGAUUGAGGACAGAGGAGGGCGCUUCAGAGGCCGCGGAGGAAUGAACGACCGCCGUGACAGGUUCUCUUCAGGCAAGCGGGAGGGUGGGACCGGGAAAACAGAGGGUUUGGUGCUAAGAGAGACUUUGGAAACAAGCCCCAGAAUGGCUUUGGGGGUCAGCAGUACAGCAACGGUAACGCCUACAGGGAACGGCUACGGUGUCGGAGCCAACCAAGGAGGUUACAGGGGCAGCCCAUAGCAGAAUGGCGCCUACCAGAACUACAAUGCCGGACAGCAAUACGCCACAGCCAUGCAGAAUGGGAUGGCGCAACAGGCGUACACAGCAUACCCAGUCGCCACUGCCACCACAACAGCUCCUGCCCUGAUAGGUUAUCCUAUGCCGGCAGCCUACACACAAUAA